AUGUUCUGGAUUUUUAUCUUUGGGGUUUUGUAUAUUCCCAAUUUUGUAUGUGCCUUAACUGGUGAUAAGUGCUAUGGAACAAUCAAGGAAUAUACUUACCAUGAAGGAGAUGUGACAAUUGGUGCAUUUUUUCCUCUUCAUAGUUACUACACACGUGACCAUGUUCCCCAUGAAAUUGAACUACACUAUUUCCAGGAUAUUUACAUAGAGGCAGUUGUGAAGGAAGAUGAAUCAUCAGCAAAUGUGAUUGUUAUUUAUGGGGACAUUGUUUCUUUACAAGGUUUAAUGCGACACAUUGCACAACUGUUAGUGACAUGGAAAGUCUGGGUCUUGAACUCUCAAUGGGAUAUUGACUACUAUUCUGAUUAUUUUAUGAUAGAAUCCUUUCAUGGGAGUCUCAUUUUUUCACACCAUCAUGAAGAGAUGGUUGAGUUUGUGGAUUUUGUUCAAACAGUUAAUCCCUACACAUACCCAGGAGAUGAUUAUCUUCCUAAAUUUUGGGGUUUUUUCUUCAAUUGCCCUUUUUCUGAGUUUGAUUGCCNACUUUUGGAAAACUGCCAACCCAAUGCAUCUUUGGACUUACUGCCCAGACACAUUAUUGACCCAGCCAUGAGUGAAGAGAGCUACAACAUAUACAAUGCUGUGUAUGCUCUUGCUCACAGCCUCCAUGAGAUGACUGUUCAACAAAUACAGACACAACCAUANGCCAAUGGAGAAGGAAUNNCAUUCUUGCCCUGGCAGAUCCUCCCUUUUCUAAAGAUCACCCUACAUAAAAACCAUUUAAGCAGUCGAUCUGUAAUAGAUGAGAGGAAAAACUUAUAUUCAGAAUAUGACAUUUUCAAUUUUUGGAAUUUCCCAGCAGGUCUUGGAUUAAAGAUGAAAGUAGGAACUUUUUCUCCAAAUUCUCCCCAGGGUCACCAGUUGUCUUUAUCUGAGGAAAUGAUACAGUGGCCUACACAGUUUACAAAACCUACAGACUACCUUUCUCAGUCACAGAUGGUGAAACCUGGAGAUAUGGAUCAGUGUGUGCAGUGUCCAGAAAGUCACUAUGCAAACUCAGAGAAGAACCACUGCCUCCAGAAAUCUGUGAGCUUUUUGGCUUAUGAAGAACCCCUGGGAAUGGCACUCACCAUUACAGCCCUGUGCUUCUCUGUACUCACAGCUCUGGUUCUUGUAGUCUUUGUGAAGCACAGAGACACACCCAUUGUCAAGGCCAAUAAUCGGGUUCUCAGCUACACCCUGCUAUUGACACUCAUAAUCUGUUUUCUCAGUUGCUUGCUCUACAUAGGACAGCCCAACACAGCUACCUGCAUCUUGCAGCAAACAGCAUUUGGAACUUUGUUCACUGUGGCUCUCUCCACAGUGUUAGCCAAAGCUAUUGUAGUGGUUACUGCAUUCAAGGUCACUUCUCCAGCUAGAAUGGUGAGGUGGUUAAUAGUAUCAGGGGCCCCAAAUUUCAUUAUUCCCAUCUGCACACUGAUCCAACUUAUUAUCUGUGGAAUAUGGCUGGCUACCUCUCCACCUUUUAUUGAUCAAAAUGCUCAUGUUGAACAUGGUCACAUCAUCAUUAUGUGCAACAAGGGUUCUGCAGCGGCUUUCCACUGUGUCCUGGGAUACCUCUGCUCCUUAGCACUUGGGAGCUACACCAUGGCCUUCUUAUCUAGGAAUCUGCCUGACACAUUCAAUGAGGCCAAGUUCCUGUCAUUCAGCAUGCAGGUAUUCUUCUGUGUUUGGAUCACAUUCCUCCCUGUCUAUCAUAGCACAAAGGGGAAGGUCGUGGUGGCUAUGGAAGUCUUCUGUGUCUUGGCUUCCAGUAUAGCACUCCUUGUUUUGAUAUUUGCCCCCAAGUGCUACAUAAUUUUGUUAAGGCCAGAUAAGAACUCAUGUCUUGACAUCAGGCACAAAAUACAUUUCAGAAGAGUAGUCAUUUAA